AUGCGUCCUGUCAGCGGCUUGUUGUCCGGGAAAGUGACCCUUCCAUGUUACUUCUCCAUCAACCCCACUGUCGGACCUAGAAACAGAAAUGCCUCAGGAACAGAUUACCUGCGCAUCAAAUGGACCAAAAUUGAGGAGGGCGUUGAGUCGACUGUUCUUGUCACCCAAAACGGCAUCAUUAAGAUCGGUUUAGGGUACAGGAGCCGUGUAUCUGUGCAGAGUCAUCCGGAAGACAUUGGGGAUGCUUCUCUGACUAUGGUGAAGCUUCGGGCCAGUGAUGCUGGAACAUACCGCUGUGAAGUGAUGUUUGGGAUCGAAGACACACAAGACACAGUCAGUUUGAAUGUUGAGGGCGUAGUGUUUCACUACAGGUCAAAGGUCAGCAGAUACAUCAUGAACUAUGCAAAAGCUGUGCAGACCUGCAGCAAUGUUGGAGCCACCAUUGCUACAGCAGAACAGCUGAGAGCUGCUUAUGAGGAUGGAUUGGACCAGUGUGAUGCUGGUUGGAUAGCAGAUCAAACAGUGAGAUAUCCAAUCACUAGACCAAGGCCCGGCUGCUUUGGAAAUCUGUCUGGAAAACCUGGUAUCAGGUCAUAUGGCAAACGCAGACCCACAGAGACCUUCGACGUGUACUGCUAUGUGGAUAAACUCGAGGGUAAUGUUUUCUUUGCGCCCACAAUGCGUAAGAUGAACUUUAAUGAGGCCAAGACUGAGUGUGAAAGCAUGAAUGCAGAGCUGGCCUCACCUGGUCAACUCCAUGCUGCCUGGAGACAGGGCCUGGACCGCUGUGAUUAUGGAUGGCUGUCUGAUGGCAGUGCUCGCCACCCUGUCUCCAUACCCAGAAGUCAGUGCGGUGGUGGUCUGCUGGGUGUCCGCACCAUGUACCGCUACCGAAACCAAACAGGCUUCCCAGAUCCCAAUAUGAGGCUAGGAGCGUACUGUUUCAAAGGUAAAGACUUUACACUGAACUCAUGA